AUGGCUUCGAUUAGUGGCUUACGUGUCGCAUCUCCUGCCGUUCUCGAAGGAAGCUUAAAGAUCAACGGCUCCACCCGUCUGAACGUCUCCGGCAGAGUGGCGGUGGCUCAAAGGUCCGGAAUUGUCGUCAGAGCUCAUUACAGUGAAACUACUCGCCGAUCAGUUAUUGGACUCGUGGCUGCUGGUUUAGCUAGCAGCUCGUUUGUCCAGGUUGUCCUCGCCGAUGCUGUUCCGAUCAAAAUUGGCCCUCCUCCGCCUCCUUCUGGUGGCCUUCCUGGGACAGAUAACUCAGACCAAGCAAGAGAUCUAAAACUAGCGCUGAAGGAAAGAUUUUAUUUACAGCCGUUGCCACCAACAGAAGCUGCAGCUAGAGCCAAAGAAUCUGCAAAAGAGAUCAUUAACGUGAAGUCUUUGAUCGAUAAGAAAGCUUGGCCAUAUGUUCAGAACGAUCUCCGUCUCAGGGCUUCUUACCUUCGUUAUGACCUUAACACAAUCAUCUCCUCCAAAUCUAAGGAUGAGAAGAAGAGCCUCAAGGAACUCACUGGCAAGCUUUUCGAUACCAUUAACAACCUGGAUUAUGCGGCGAAGAAAAAGAGUAGUGCGGACGCUGAGAAGUACUAUGCAGAGACGGUGUCUUCUUUAAACGAUGUUCUUGCCAAGCUUGGUUAA